UUGUUUGCCUGUUAGAGAAAGAGAUGGAAUUUGAGGUUGUCAAUAUCGAUCUCUUCAAAGGAGAAAACAAAAGCCCUGAUUAUCUCAAGUUGCAGCCAUUUGGGCUUGUUCCUGCCAUCCAAGAUGGAGACUACACACUAUAUGAAUCCAGGGCUAUAAUCAGGUACUAUGCAGAAAAGUACAAGUCUCAAGGAACUGAACUGUUUGGAAAGACAAUGGAGGAGAAGGGUAAAGUAGAACAAUGGCUAGAAGUGGAAGCACACAAUUUUCACCCUCCACUUUACACCUUAGUGCUUCAUACAGUUUUCAGCUCCAAACUGGGAAUCACGCCAGAUCAGAAAGUCAUUCAAGAAAACGAGGCGAAACUGGGGAAUGUUUUGGAUGUCUACGAGGAAAGGCUGUCGAUGAGCAAAUACUUGGCUGGGGAUUCUUUGAGCCUGGCUGAUCUUAGCCACCUUCCAUUCGGUCAUUACCUGCUCAAUGGUGCUGGGAAAGGGUACCUGAUAAGGGACAGGAAACAUGUGAGUGCAUGGUGGGAUGUUAUCAGCAAUAGGCCAUCUUGGAAGAAAGUUCUCCAUCUCUUUCCUUAUCCAACUUGAGUUGCAUCAAUAUGCUUUUAAGGCUUCUGAUAAUAAAUUCAGCGUUUCGUGCAGUAAGAAUCGACCAGUGUUCGUGUUUUCUUGAAGUCUGUUUGUGGUUUCCUUUUGAGCGUUGGGUUAGCAUUUGUUCUUGUUCAUGUGCUAUUGAAGUCAGUAAUAUGAAAACACAAGCAGUAUCCAACUUCUUGAUGAUUGCAGUGUUCA